CCAUGGGUUUUCAUUUUGGCGAAAACAUUUUCGAAACUUCUCUUUCCCAUUCCUAUAUACAUACAAUGUCCCAUUUCUCAUUUCUUCAUUCACAUUUCACAAACCCUAAUCUUGCUCCUCUUUCUUCAUCUUCAUUUCAAUUUUCAAUAUUCCAUUUCAAUCGAAGAUGCAGACUCGCGGUUCAAGAAAGAGGGCAAACGCUGAACCAAUUGUUCUUAACCCUAAAAAGCAGAGGGUUGUUUUGGGGGAUCUUCCCAAUUUACAGAAUGCCAGUGUUUCUGAAAAUCAAUCCAAUGGAAAACUCCAAACUCGGAAGAAUUCCAAGGUCAAGAAAUCUGCAGCAGCAGAUGUUUAUUUGUUUGAUAAUUUCAGUUUGGAUAAACCGGUUCAGAGAAAGAACAACGCCAAACAUGAAAUUCAACAGAUUAUUGAGCCUUAUGCAUCUGAUAUAUCCAACUAUCUUCGUGACAUGGAGAUGCAGAAAAAGAGAAGACCUAUGGUUGGAUACAUUGAGAAUGUUCAGAGAUUCAUUACUACAAACAUGAGGGGAAUAUUGGUGGAUUGGUUAGUUGAAGUUGCGGAAGAGUACAAGCUUCUCCCUCAAACCCUUCAUCUUGCUGUUUCUUACAUUGAUAGGUUCCUGUCUAUCCAUGUUGUCAACAGAUCCAAACUUCAGUUGCUUGGAGUUUCUUGCAUGCUUGUUGCCUCGAAAUAUGAAGAAAUUACUCCACCAAAGGCGGUUGAUUUCUGUCACAUUACUGAUAACACCUAUGAGUUGAAAGAGGUUAUAAAAAUGGAAGCUGAAAUACUUAAGUCACUAAACUUUGAAAUGGGCAAUCCUCAUGUUAACACAUUUCUAAAUGAGUUUAUUGGGUUUGCAACUGAGAAUCAAAAGACUUCAAAAUUGCAAAUGGAGUUUCUAUGCAAUUACCUUGCUGAGCUAAGCUUGUUGGACUAUGAGUGUAUACGAUUCUUGCCGUCUACUGUUGCUGCAUCUGUUAUAUUUCUUGCCAGAUUUAUUAUUCGACCUGGUGUUCAUCCUUGGACUUCAUCACUUAGUGAAAGCUUGGGUUAUAAAUCCGCUGAGUUGGAAGAAUGUGUACUCAUUUUACAUGAUUUAUAUUUGUCAAGAAAGGCGGGGUCAUUGAAAGCUGUUAGGGAGAAAUACAAGCAACACAGGUUCAAAUAUGUUGCAAACUUGCCUUCACCACCUGAGGUGCCAAAACAAUAUUUUGAAGAAGAAUGAUAUUGGUGAAUGUAGUUCAUUGCAGACAAGAAUACUUUUUGAGUUGGGCUAGAAUGAGGGGAAUUAUACACAUAAGGGGUGAUAGUUUCAUAUCUUUAGGGGACAUAAGUGGUGUUGGUAAUCAACCUAAAUAGCAUUAGGCAAAACGUUUUUGGUGGCUAGAUGCUUGCCAUGGGAUCUCUGUACAUAUGAUAUGAUAACUUCAUUAAUGAUACUUAUUCCUGUUUUUUUUUU